AGUCUGCCUGAAUGAUCUCAUCCCUCCAGCAGCUGCAUAGCGCAGCGAGGCAAACGCGUAACUUUCUAUCAAACUUCCAAGUUGCCUUUCGGAGCAGGACACCGGAGCAUUUUCGGGUUGAACAGGGGCGGACACGCUUUCCGCUAAGGGUCGUAUAUGAGAAAAAUGCAGAGAGCCAGGGACAACACAGCUGAGGACUGAAGAAAUCUGGCGCCCUUUCCUUUUUUGUCUCUGUCAAGACAAUCAACCUGCUCAUGAAGUCAGGAAGUAUCACCCCCAUCCAGAUGCAGCCAUCUCUCCCUGCUAAGUGCCUUUAGCCUUUGGCACUGGUGUCAAGACCAGCCCGAAGCGCCCACCUAUGGAGCGCACUGUUGGGGGAACAAUCCCCGCUACUGAUGAGUUUUACACCCGCCACCUCCGUAUGGUAAACGGAGGGGUUUUGCCAACACGCACAGACAAUAUUCACGCCACUGUGAGCACAGGAGUGCCUAAAAUGGGAGUACGUGCUCGGGUGGCCGAUUGGCCCCCAAGGAAAGACGUUGCCGGGGCUGUGUGGCAUUCGACUACAGAGCCUGAGAACUCCGGUGUGCCCUCUGCUGGGAAAAGUCACAUUAAGUUAGGCUCUGUAAUGAGCCCUCAGGACUCCUCAAUGCUGCGUAACAUCCACAAUACUCUAAAAAAUCGAACCCAGACACAAUCUAACAACUACAGCCUGGACACCCGUUAUUUAGCCCCAGACUACAGAGGUCCUGUACACAGAAACCCACGACAGAGACGCAUCCGUCAGCGCAGCAACAGUGACAUGACUAUCAGUGAGAUGGAGGCCAGUGGAGACAGUGGAGAGGACUGGGGUUCACCCUCUGGAGCCAAAUGGUCUCCUCUUCAUCGUGAAUAUGGGAGCACCUCCUCAAUAGAUCAGCACGGAGCAUCUGGUGAGAGCUUCUUUGAAAUGCUAAAGGGCUAUCAAGGGGACAAAGUUGACCAGCGUAGCCCUGCUCCUGCCAAACUGGAGGACAUGCUGAAUGUCGGGAUAAAGCAGGCUGUUAUUGAUCUACAGGAGGAUGCUGUAGAUGGACAGCCUCUGAAAACUAAGGACAGAGAUAAGCCUCCGAAAAGACGGACUAAAUCUGAGACUGGAGGUGAGUCAAUAUUCCGUAAACUUCGUAGCGUACGUGGAGAGUCGGACUCCCCUAGGGCGGGGUCUGAUGCAGAGGACAGCAGGACAGAGGACAUUGGCCCCCCUCUUAAACCUUGGGUGUGUCAGAAAGGUUUUGCUCACUAUGAUGUUCAGAGCAUGUUGUUUGAUCUCAAUGAAGUGAUCCAGCUCAGACACACUGCUGGAAAGAGGAAAAACACUACCACAGGGGCAUCAGCUGCCGCUGUAGCCUCAGCUACGUCCACCCUGUCAUCCACACACAGCCUGCCUUACAGCUCCCCGAGUGGCAGCCAAGAGGAGCUUAGUUCUAGGGACAGUCCCGGUCUGGACGCAGGGGAUGAACAGAGCAAUGAGAUGCUAUUAAGCUGUCCCUGCUUCCGUAACGAGAUCGGUUCAGAUGGGAUUGGCAGGCGCAGGUUGGGAGCAGGUGGAGGAGGGUAUAAUGGGCUUCUGGGUGGAGCAGGUAAUGGAGCCUCAGGGACCUUGAGUGGGGAGAGUAACUUGUAUGAAACAUCUGUGAGCACUCACUGCACAAAUGCUGGAGUUGCAGUUUUAGAGGGACCAAAAGAAGGGCCGAACGCACUGAGUGAGAAGGGCAAACAGUACAUCGUGGAGCACGUGGACCUGGGGGCAUACUACUACAGGAAGUUCUUCUAUCUUAGGGAGCACUGGAAUUACUUUGGGAUAGACGAGGCAUUGGGUCCAGUGGCUGUGAGUUUGCGCAGGGAGAAGCUGGAGGAGGAGAAGGAACAUGGCCCGCAGUAUAACUACCGUCUCAUCUUCAGAACCAGUGAGCUGACGACUCUGCGGGGCUCUAUCCUCGAAGAUGCAGUGCCUUCCACCUCUAAGCACGGCACCACCCGCGGGCUGCCUGUGAAAGAGGUGCUCGAGUACCUCCUCCCAGAGCUAGAUCUGUCCUGCCUCAGACUGGCCCUGAACACACCCAAGGUCACCGAGCAGCUGAUGAAACUGGAUGAACAGGGGCUGAGUUUUCAGGUGAAGGUCGGGGUGAUGUAUUGCAGAGCGGGUCAAAGCACAGAGGAGGAGAUGUACAACAACGAGACGGCUGGCCCCGCCUUGGAAGAGUUCCUCCAACUGUUAGGAGAAAAAGUUCGCCUCAAGGGCUUCACCAAGUACAGAGCGCAGCUGGACACCAAAACGGAUUCCACGGGUACUCACUCGCUGUACACAACGUACAAGGACUACGAGAUCAUGUUCCAUGUGUCGACUCUGCUACCUUACACGCCCAACAACAAACAACAGCUGCUGAGGAAACGCCACAUAGGCAAUGACAUAGUGACCAUCGUGUUCCAGGAGCCGGGUGCUCACCCCUUCACUCCCAAGGCCAUCCGCUCUCACUUUCAGCAUGUCUUUAUCAUCGUAAGGGUGCACAACCCCUGCUCUGACAGCACGUGCUACAGUGUGGCUGUAACACGCUCCCAGGACGUCCCCUCCUUUGGCCCGCCAAUCCCCAAGGGUGUGACCUUCCCAAAGUCCACUGUCUUCAGGGACUUCCUGCUCAGCAAGGUCAUCAACGCUGAAAACGCUGCCCACAAGUCAGAUAAAUUUGGUGCUAUGGCCACACGAACACGGCAGGAGUACCUGCGGGACCUGGCAGAGCGUCACGUAACCAGCACUCCAGUAGAACCCACCGGGAAGUUCCCCUUCAUCUCUCUGGCUCACAAACGACGGGAAAAGGUGCGCCCAUACAGUGGGGCGGAGCUUCGGAGCCUGGGGGCAGUGACCUGGCAGGUUCACGCUGAAGAUCAGGUAGCCGGUGCUGAGCGGGAAUGCCUUUUGGCAAUUUCAAAUGACUUCAUCAUCCUGUUGGAUCAGGAGGCCAAAGCGGUCGUGUUCAACUGCGCCACUCGUGACGUGAUUGGCUGGUCGACCGGGAGCCCCGCCUCCAUGAAGAUCUACUAUGAGCGUGGUGAGAGUGUGUCACUGCGCUCCAUCAAUAACAACACAGAGGACUUUGGAGAGGUUGUCAAAAGACUGGAGCUGUUGACAAAGGGCAGUCAGACCACGGAGAUGACACUGCGCCGUAACGCUUUGGGCCAGCUUGGCUUCCAUGUCAACUUUGAGGGCAUUGUUGCAGAGGUGGAGCCCUAUGGUUACGCUUGGCAGGCCGGGCUCAGGCAGGGCAGCCGAUUGGUAGAGAUUUGUAAGGUAGCUGUGGCCUCACUGUCUCACGAGCAGAUGAUUGACCUACUCAGAACCUCUGUUACUGUGAAAGUGGUGAUCAUCCCUCCGCAUGAGGACUCCACACCGCGCAGAGGCUGCUCGGAAAUCUACCACAUGCCACUCGUGGAUUACAAGAACCACAAGGAGGGAAUGCCCUAUGAGUUAAAGUUUCCCUUCCGCCCCGCUAACAACAACACAAAGUGGCCUCGCACCUCAUCUAGCCCUCAAACUCGCCCUGCAGGCACAGGGGGGACAUUAAUCAAAGCCCCGCCUCCUGACUUCACUGACCGUAACUCUGCUGCUAUGCCCCGAAGUGUGUCCAGUGAUGGGCGACCACUCAACUCCAAAAGAUAUUCCCCAGGAAAUGAAAACUAUGCUCUGGCCUGCUCUAUUGUAAUGGGUCGCACAAUGCACAACACAAACUCUCCUGCCACUCUCUCCUACACCGACACCAUGAGUGGCAACCACUGGAGGCAGAAGUCUAUGCCUGAUGGGUUCAAUAACAACUGCCAGUCCCCAGUGUCCUCUGGUAGGCCGGGCUCAGGGGAAGGGGCCAAUGGGAUUAAAGCAUGCACUGGUGUUGGUUGGUCUCGAACCGGGGAGGGGGAAGCAGCGGGCAGACCAGGUGACAAAGCAAGUGCAGACACUGUGGUUUCAAAAAUAGUGAUUCCCCGUCUACAGAUGUCUGAGCAGAGCGGCCACAUAUCGCCUAACAAAACCACCAAGCCUGAUGGUCCAUAUUCAUCCAGUCAGUCAAGCAGCAACACACUCUCUAGCAACGCCUCAAGCUCCACCCACAGCGAUGAGAAGUGGUACGAGAUUGGCUCACGUUCAGGAGUACGCGGUGAUCUGGAGCUCAACGGCUACCUUCAGGGCACUUCCACCGACAGCGGCAUUGACGCCACCUCCUUCACUGCCACGCAGAGUAGCACAGCCUCCUCCACCAGUGCCUUCAAGGCCAAAGACAAAGUCCCCUGGCAGGAUGACCCCCCUUGCAGCCAGAAGACCACAGACACAUCACCUCCAACGCCAGAUACUCUGGUUGCUGUCGGAGGCAGUGAGAACCCUGCAAAGAGCCCCACAGCUUUCCCUCUUGUUCCUGAUGGCAGUUCCUACAGCCUGAGUGAUGCCGCCUCCCACUCCAGCACUCUCAGCUCCGGAAAAUCAGGGUCUCCACACGAUGAUGCAGCAGGUAGAGCCACCUCCCCAACAUCCCAGGACUCCCUUGGGACCAAGAGUUUCUACCCCCGACAAGGAGCGACCUCAAAGUAUUUGAUUGGGUGGAGGAAACCUGGGGGGACCGUCAACUCUGUGGACUUUGGCAGCACUCGCAAAAGGCACCAGAGUGAUGGUCUACUGGGUGGGCAGCCACAACUCAGGGCCAACCUCCGGGGCGCCCAAUCACCCCAGCGGCACACUGCCAAGUCCAGCCUGGAGGAAGACUUGAAGAAACUCAUCACACUUGACAGUCCUCCACCCACUUCAAAUGAGGAGAAGCCAUUGUUUCCUGGUCCACUACCAUCCCGCCGCUCCCUUCAGAGGACCCUCUCAGAUGAGAGUAUUUACAGCGGGCAGAGGGAAUCAACCUCCAGCGGACAGCGUGACACGCCCACUGACCUUCUGUUUAGCUGCUCCACCAUGCCACGCUCCCCCACUGCACGCCACGGAGCGGCCCGCAGAGCGUCGCACAAAUCCCUGGGAGACUUGUCGGCCCCAGAGAGCGAGCUGGAACAGGAGAGGAAGAGGCAGCAGCUGCAGGACUCUGCCCUCAUGCCCCUGCCUGACUCGGGGGCAGAUGGCCCGCUUGACUGGGCCCACCUGGUAGAUGCUGCUAAGGCCUUUGAGGAACAGAGGCUGGUCUUCCUGGCAGCUCAGGAGGAGCACUCCAUGGCUGAGAGUGCAGCAGCCGCCAGCCCCCAGCAGGCUGAGCCUCAGGCAGCCCCGCUGAGACAGCCGUCUCCUGGAGAGACUCCGGCCUGUCUGAUGGGGAAGGUCAGCCAGCUGGAGUCGAUGGUGAAGGCGCUACAGGAGGACUUGAAGAAGGAGAAGGAUGCAAAGGCGUCACUGCAGGUUCAGAUUCAGAGCCUGCGAGAGGACAACCAGCGUCUCUUGGAGGAAUCUUACAGCGCCUCAGCCAAGCUCAAGAAGUUCACAGAGUGGGUCUUUAACACCAUCGACAUGAACUGAUGCACAUGCAACGCAUAACCACUACUCAUGCUGAACUGUAACUGCACAUAAAACAGACUCACUUAAAAAAAAACUCACAAUGUGAACUGUUUCUGUUAAGCUUCACAAACCAGUGCCAUCAUCCUUCUACAGCCUUGUGGAUCUGUGGUAUGAUCACCGUGAAUGACUUUUAAAAAAAGAAGGGGAAUAAAAGAAAACAAGCAGUGGUGCUACUGUGUUUAAGUUAAGAUCAGCAUGCACUCCCUUCCUUAAAAAUCACAAAAUAAGAAGUGUGUCUAAAUCGAUGAGGUGUUGGUAUCCCUGCAUGUCAGAGAUGGUGAGAGAUAUUAAAACUAACCUAAAGGGAUUAAAAGUUCUUGUUCCCAAUUAGCUCCUCAGCUAACCUAAUUACAAGUGGACAGAAUUCCAAUUUAAAACCUUCAACACAAAUUAAAUUGUGUUCAAAAGACUGAAAAAACCCUGUAUUCCUGUGAUAGAGGUUUACACUUUUAAAUUUGAGUGACAUUGUGCUGUUUAUUUAUUGCUGUUUAAGCAUUCUUCAAUCAUCCCCAGUUAAACAGAGAAAGGUGUUUUUCUUUCUAAUCAAGGAAAAUAAGCUACCUGUGAUGAUGUCAUCCUCCAUAAAACACUAUGCCUUUUUUCGUAGCAGAUUGUGUAGGUGGACACAGACAGAUGGACGCCUUUCGUAGCACAUAACUAAAAAAAACACUGUGGUGUCCAUCUGUAGAACUUAUGUAAUAGGAUUGUACAAGUGUAAUCAAAAGUUUAAUUUCAUAUUAUUUCAAAGUCUUUUAUGGGACUACUGCUCACAAGAUAAUGAAAAGGAUAUAUAUUAUAAAAAAUAUAGAACAAUAUUGAUGCCAUAAAGAUAAAACCUGGGAGUUCAGUGUAUUGUAAAUAUAUGAUGUCAGCAUUUAUUUUCUCACUUUUCCCUGAUAUAUUUAUGACAAAGAUGAUGGCCAUGACAAAAACUGCACAUGGGAGUGCUGCUAUACGCUGCGUGAGAGAAUAUGUAUCCUUUAAAUGCAAACAAAAGAUAUUUUUAAAUGAUCCAAAAUAAUAAUUCCCACUUUAUUUACAGCUUUGCUUUCUGACAGCGUCACCCAGUAUUGACAACAUGUAAAUUACAUGGAUCUGCCCCCUUCUCCAUCCACAGCAUGCUGUAAGGCCUCAUCUGAUCCUUAUUUUUCUUAACAGACUGAAUCGGUACUGGUUGUUAUAUGAAAGUAAAAUUUUGUGUAAAUCCUGAAAUUCCAUUUCUCUGUAAAUCUGCUCCGUAGCCCGACCUCAAUUUGCUCUGUAGAUUUCCAGGCAAAAUCAUAUUUAAGCCUCAUAACUGUUUCCUUUUGUACUCAGAGACUGUGCGACUGUAUAUAAGGACAAUUUGAUAUUCAUCAGAAUUUGCACCUUCAUUUUUUUAUUUUUUAAGAUAACCUCUGAUGUAUUUCUGCGUUAUGGGCUAAGUUAUAGAGGAGAAGACCAAUAUGAGAGAGAAACAGGGAAUAAGAAGAGUCAGACCAAUGAUAUCGAGCCCUUAGCACAGCAGACCACCCUGCACCUUCAUUCUUAACAUGUGUGACAGCAUGUGAAUCUGUUUCCAUUGAGCUGUGAUGUGUAAAAAAAAAGUU